AUGGAAUUAAUUAUUGAGAUAACUGUCAAACAAACGAGAAUCAACGGAGAAAAUGAGAGAAUUAAAAAUUCGUCUGAUCCUAAUAUACAUUAUGUUUUGGACGCUACUAAUAGUAGUUUUCUCAGUGAAGAUGAUUAUUACUACAUCAUCUCUUAUGGAUCCCCCAUAAGUAUCAACAAUAUAACAUGUUACAAGAAAUUCGUUAAUUACACUAAUUACAAAAGUUACGUCAAUGGCUCAUAUAGCAUCCAAGGAGAUUUUUCUCGGCUACCAUUGUGCAAUGAAUUUGUUGAAAACGAUCAGAGAACUCGAAGAUGGAAUUUUACUUGUAAAGAUUGUACUAACGUGACCAGCUAUCUAGAUUAUUCCCUUAACUCCCAUAAAUAUGCACAUAACAAUAUUGAUCAAAUUAUCUUAAACAUUACGUCCGAUUUUCAAUCAUCCCCGAAUAAUUCUUUUACCGAUUAUUUUGGAAUUAUCUUUAAUAAUGUCAAUAUCAAAAAUCAAAAGGUUGAUGUAGACAUCAAUAUGGCCCCAAUACCCCGCGGUCAUUGGGUUUCUCUCGAAUUUUCUAUGACUGUCAGAUGUCACUAUUCUUCUCGACUAUACGGUUCACUGGGUUUUAAUAAUUACUUACAAUAUGCAUACAUCGAUGUCAAUAUUAAAGAUUUGACUCCGAUUUUGGGUUCCUCUUAUACCCUUUUAACACUGAAACCAAAGGAUCAUAUUAUCACCUAUAUAAAGGAGGAAUAUCAAAAUUUUGGGAAUCCUGUUACUAGAAUGAUUUCGGGUAUUGGGGGUUUGUAUGCUGCACUAGCAGCAAUACUGAUUUUCUUUUUUGGAUCUCCAAGACAUUCUCCAUGGUGGGGGUUGUUGCCAAACCUUUCCAUGCUGGCGGCCAUUUCGUCGAAGCUUUAA